AUGACAGAAUCUCACAGGCAUAACGUGCAUUCAGAAUACACAAUCAGCGUGUACGACUUCGACAACAACUUACAUAGAGCAUUUCACAGCGUUCUCCGCUGUCCACCAGAACUUUGGCGAAACAUCCUGCAAUUCUGCGCGUCUCUCCAACUACAGGCGUUUCGAGUCAGGACUCUGCGAGGAAUACCCCGGAUAUUUGUCUUGCGUAGAGCAUUUUUCCUCUUCUGGACAUUAACUGUGAUACUGUUUGUGUACCUCAAGUGGUAUUUUCCUUUAUAUUUGACCAGCACCGUUAGUCGUAACAGUUUAGAGGAAUUUGGCAGAGACUGGUGUCGAGUGCGGAGGGUCGAAACGGAUUGGGAACUAGUCAGUAGCCCUUGCAGAGGAAUGACAAAGUUUAGCGUCAGUCUUCCAGGAUGGGGACUGGAAAAUAGGACGGACCCUGCUCAGAGUUAUAUUCCUAUUAUGGACAUUAAACCCGCAGGUGACUUUAGCAGGUUUAGUAUUCAGUCCCAGACAUCUAACGGCCAACCAAAGACAGUGGGAGGUGAUGACUGGCGAGUCUUUAUUUGGGGACCAACUGCGCUUGCUCCGACUGUGAUUGAUCACGAGAAUGGAACGUAUGAGGUGCUUUUCCUUAUCUUGGAGCCUGGGACCUACCAUGUAUCAGUUGUUCUUGAUUACUCGUUAUGUGACGGGAUGAGGAAUCCGCCAGAUUACUGGUUUAUGCUAGGUAUGUUGCCAUGGUGACCAAUCCAGGUUGACAGGUGUGAGUUGGAGGUCGUAGGAAAGGGUAGAAUUAGAGGAUAAGAACAGGAUUCUAGAAAACUGUCCACCUAUCCCUCCCCCAACCCAAACUUUUGCCCUAAGCAAGAAGUUAGUGUUGUUGUUGGCUUAGGGGAGGGUGGAGUGGGGAGUUUCCCAGAAUCUCAUACUUAUCCGAAUAAAAAAUAAAGGAAAACGUGUGACCAUGUAUGAGUUCCAAAUUCUUGAGGCGAGUUGAAAUCAUGGUAUGGGUAAGGUUUCUAAGCACUUACAACAACAGAAAGAUGAAAACUGUACUAAUCGAACUAAGUAUAAUUCUUUACUCUUCACACCCAUUCUUUUAUGUCUAUUCUGUGUCCACGCACAUCAUCCACGUUAAUCAGUUUACUAUACCUGAGCCACUGUCCUUACGGAGCCCUUGAUUUUUAUCAUGGGUUGAAAAAAUCCAGCAGAAAGAUUGCCACAACUGUUUUAGGCAUUGAACUCCUUCUUUUAAUUUCUUAGGAAAUAUCCAUGGCAACGGGCAGCCGCAUGGAAUUCUAUGGGAACCUUAUGUCUACUUGCAAACACCUCUGUGGGAAGGGAUACCGCUGACCAUAACGGUACCACCACCGUCAGGACCCACAAGAUACGAAGGUGAGAUUAGGUACCAGGGCAAUCACAAUAUAUGUUAAAUUAGAUGGAAUUUUGGCAAACACUGGUCUCAUAAAUUGCUCAAUACGUGGUGUAAACCUCUUAACACAUUCUUUAGUGGAACAUGUCUCUUGCAUGCGCUUUAAACACUGAAAUAUAUUGACAUUUUCCUGACAAAAUUUCUCUUCAGAAUUUCUGAGUUACGGGUUUGGAAUUCCUUCGUCAUGUAACCGAAACUGUAAACUAUUAUGGGAUAGCUUUGGGCGCUGGAUCAAUGGGACAUGGAAACCACAGGUGGCAGGUGAUAAACUCAAUACUCAUCACAUCAGGCUCUGUCAUGGUGUUCAAAAGCCUUAGUUGAAAUACAGUGGAAACCCGUUAAUACGGUCACCAAUGGGUCAAAAAAAUGGGCCGUAUUAAAGUGGGAUGGCCGUAUUAUCGAGGCAGGCUCAAAUUCCACGACUUGAGAACCGUAAUCGCAAAGUACACCGUACAUCGCAUUUGCAUUCUUGAACAACUGUUCGCAUUAAUGAACAAGCGGAGUGAAGAUAUCUCGUACAGUAAUUGAAAAGACUACUUAAAAAUUUCCUUUAGUAAAAUAAAACACUUUCAAAACUUAGCUAUAAAAUCGCAACAAGUGCACUUUAUGUGUUCUGUAGUCUAAAAACAGUAAAAAAAUAGGCUCAGAGUACUAGGUCAAUAAAAUUGGCAUGUCACGGGCAUUUUAAUUUUCUAAAUUUCGAACAAGUGGCCGUAUUAACUGGGUCAAAUUGAAAGAGAUUCUACUGUUUGGGAUUUUAAAAUGUGGCCGUUGGUCGUAUUAACGGUUUUUUUUAUAAGGAAAUGUAUGACCGUUUUGCCGGGUCGAAAAGGAGUGGCCGUUAUAACGGAGUGACCGUAUUACCGAGGUGGCUGUAAGGCGGGGUUCAACUGUAUGCCGAGAUAAACGUUUUCAAACCUUCCUCUUCGCUGGAUAGAAGACGUGCCUACAAGCCUGAAGUUCCUAGUUAGGUUGAUUCUUAAGUAUGAAGAAGCCUUGUCCACUACUAUAAUAGCCUUACAUUUCUUUAAUUCUUUUAGACAAGACUAAGAGCGGAGCUUUCGCUUAAGACUGACCGUUUAAUUAUGUACAACAAUGAACUACUAACUAAUUCCAAAAAAGUUAUAUACCUACUGAACCUUAACCUUACCUUCUAUAUUACGCUUAUGUGCAUAACUUUAAUUAUAAGGCCAUAGCCCCCAGGACUAAUCAGUUUCAAGAUGUGGUGGGUUUUUCUUCUAAGCAAUAUAUCCAUUCCUUUGACUACAUCAUAAUCCAAAACUAUAUCAUAAUAGGCUCGUACAGUUUUCAUUGCAUGCGUCUUUUUUCUCUCUCAAUGUAAAAAGAAAUGCUUAAAAUGCAUUCACAUUUAUACCCUCAAAUCCUUGUUCUUUUUUUUCGCAGGAUUAUGGCGGGAAACUUCGCCAAGGCAUCGAAAGGGAAUUCUAUGGAUUUAUGGGGAUUCAAACGCAGGGAGAUUUUAUCGCUCUAUCCGCAAGACGCCUCUUUGCAAAACAGUUUUUAGAGGCUGUACCUUUUCUUACAACUGGAUUUAUCCAAUUAAAAACGCUACCGUAGAAAUGAACCAAAGAAACUUUCUUCCUAUCAAUAUAACCCGAGCCUUAAAAGCUAUCGCAAAUGUCAUUCACUCUUCUCACAUGAACGACAAAAACAGCGUUAUUCUUCUCAAUCAUGGCCUACAUUUUAUAACUUCGACAAACUUUUCAACCUAUCGUGUAGUAAUCGAUAGGAUCGUCGAUUUGUUUAAAGAGACAAAGAAAAGUGAUCAAGGUGAAGAAGAACUAAAAUUCAAGGGGAAAAUGAUCUGGAAGACAAACGCGGCCAUACACCGAGAAAGACUGAGACUCCCGCAUCACCACAAAAGGAGGUUUUUAACGCGACAGGUAUUGCUGACUUUUUGUGACCAGCAUCAAAUUUCUCCCUGUAAUAUCAAUGCUUUGUAAACAGAGUGGUCAUGAGAAUUACGCAAAUGAUCACACCAGAUGAAUUUUCCUGAUAUUUAUCAACUUCUCCGCAAUACUUUUGUAGGAAAUGAAUAGGGGCAACAAAUGAGAAUUCAAAUUUUGAUCUUAAGGUUUAAAGGGCUAACAUAGGAACAAUACGGGCUUUUCACUGACUCAACCAAAAAAAAAGUACGCAAAUGAGAAAAGCAAAACUAAUUGUCACCGGUGAAAUUAUGAUUGAAUAUAUACCUCUGAGGAUACGAAUCGUUCGGGGUAGGAUAUCUUUUUUGACGGCUUUAGCUGUUUUUUUUUUAAAGUCGUUUAUUAGAAGAUAAAAGCCGCAUUUAUAUAUUUUAUCAACUAAUUGUUUUUCAGUCUUGUCAGUCUUGAAGCUGAUUUUGAGAAAAAACAAACGAACAAAAACUGACACAAAAACAAAACAAAACAAAACAAUAAAAUUACUUAAGCUUCUUAGACCACUAAAAUUGUAUGAAAAACCUGUAAGACAUUAUUCAAUACUUUUUGUCAAACAUUGAGGUUGCACUGAAUAAUUCUGUGUCAUCUGUUUUUUUGCAGCGAGUGCAGCUAUACAAUUCUUACGCAGCCUGGGCCAUGUGUAGAGCAGGUUUUGAGGUGUUAGAUGUUUACCCACUUAGCGCGUCCUUUCCGAAUGGUACAGACAGCAGUUACGAUCCGUACGACAGUGUGCAUUACAAAGACAGCGUGUUUAAGCCAGCGGAGGAAAUUCUUCUGGAGUAUUUUAAGCCUUGGAUUGACGAACACAAUGACGAAAGAAAACAUCCUCGUCACUAGGGCACCUCAUGUGCAUGCGCUUACUGCGAGCGCAAAUUAUACGUAGCGGAACCCGGAAAUCAACCGUUUGAGUAAACAGAAAGAGAUUACUUUGGUGAUAUUUGGGGUCGUAUAUACCAGUCGAAAGGAUACUCAUUUCGCAAUAAAAGUUUAAAAUGGAUCGCUAAGGAUGCUAGGGAAGAAUUACCUUCUGACCAAAUCAGUCAGUUUUCGUCAUCAAACCAGAGGGCUGGGUCGUAUGGGGAUAGACAAGAGUUUGAAGUCGAGAAUGAAACCGGUCAAGUCACUUGCGAUGAAAUUGAACUUAAACAUGCGCAGAAUAAAAGGUACCAAAAGCAUCGUGUUAGAGUAUCAAGACCAAUCAGGUUACUAUUGAGAUUGGUAUUAAAGAUACUGGGUCCGUUUUAUUAUUGAUCGUACCCUCUCUAACGCGUCCUGUUAUAAGAAGUCGGGUUAGGUUGCCUAGAAUCAUAAAUUGAUCCAAAAGAUGAAGGGCUAGGUUAGUGUCAUCUAGGUUAGUGUUAUCGGGCUCGUUGGACACUAAAGUUUCGGGGGUAUUAAAAUGCAAAAAGACUUUUUUAGCGGGGACUAGCUGUAGCCUUUUCACAAAGACAACUUCUUCUAGACCGACUGGUUAUUUAUUACUCAGCAGUGUAAUAUCCUUUUAGCUUCUUGUUCUUACAAUUCUCUCUGGUAAAUAAAUGCUACACCCAUUUUUGUAUCAGCCAGAUUAGUUCAAACUAAUGCUGACGCAAGUCUUCUCUGAUUGGUUUAAUCAGGCUCAUUAGCAUGAAACCUUCAAGAUGAUUACUUUGUCAAAAUGGUUUUUCUAACUAAGUUUUCACUAUUAAGCCUAAGUCAACUGGCCAAUACAAGACAAGGGAAGCAAUAUAAAAAGUACAAGGUACGUAGCUGUAUACAGACUUUUCAUGUUAACUGAUAGGAAAGUACUAAGAUUAUAGUUUGAAAAUCCUGGCUUGUUGUCGACUUCGGAGAGCUGUGAAGCUUCUUCUCGGAAAGUGAUUGGUCAGAACGUUUCCAUAAAUUAACUACGGACAUGACUGGAAACUAAGAGGACAAAUUAAAAAUGCAGUUCGCUGUAGAGAGCAGAAAUUACCACAACAGAUGUUUACUUACACCAACACCUGUGCAUUGAGAGAUAUUCCAUACCAUUAUUAUUUUAAGUUGCAAGUAGAAACCAUCAGCUAUAUGAAUUCGAUGGAAAACACGGUAAAUAAGCCAAAAAUUAACCAAAAUAAGGAUAGAGGUCAUUUCCUGGAAAUGUAGACGAGGAGUCAAGUUAAGGUUGAAUCUGAUCAAACAAUGCGAUAUUUUUAAAUGCAAACAAGCCUUUUUUGGGAACCUUAAUUAAAUAUUGUUUUACGAGAAGAGGGUUGUAGUGGAAGUGUACUAAAAAAGAACAUAUUUGUUUAAGAACGAAUUCAUGAAAGGAGAAGGUUUAUGUUGAUGACUAUUUUAAACGUCGAACUCUGGUUUGCACGUGACGUCACGGCGGCCAUGUUGGAUGACCAGAACAAAAGCAUUUCUCUCCUCUGGGAACUUAAACUCUAUUUUCAUGCAAAUUCUUAAAGGAAAACUUGUCAUCCAACAUGGCCGCCUUGUCAGGUGGUUGCAAACCAAGAAUUCUAAACAACUGAUAAGUGAAUAUUCGUGAUACCUGACAUUACAUCCCGUUAAAAUAUCCCUUAGUUAACUUAUCGUACUGUAACCACUUAAGAACAUCCUCUUAAUUUUAAGCAUAAAUCAAACUGCGUAAGGGUAAACUAGAUCAUUGCUUACAUUUUUAUUGUUUAACAAAGAUACCGGGUCCAUUUUACCCUUCCUACUAAACGGGUCCUGUUAUAAGAAGUCCGGCUCGUUUGCCCAGAAACAUAAAUGGCGUAGCGCGCGAAUAACGUCAAACUCACUAAUAUUCAAUUUUUGUCUGAGUUUUGUCAUUGUUCUCAUUUUAAUGUAAAAAGACAGACAGACAUGAAAUUCCAAAGAAAAAAAGUCAGAAAAAAGUGAGGAAUUUCGCUAAUGUUAAUUUCAGGUUGUCUGUCUGAAUUUCGGGUCUAUAAAUAGUUACUGCGCGCAGCGCUAUUGAUCCCCGUAACGCGACACCGACUCUCAUUUGCUUUCCUCACUCGUUUGACCGUUUAAAAGUUCUACGCUUCAGAUUUACGGUGUGAUUAGGACUUCGACUCCGUCCCUGGUGAAAAUCGCCCCUUAGAGGAAGAAUUGUUUUACUCGGAAGACAGACUCGGAAGGUAUUGUUCUGUCCCUUGCUUUUGCCCCUCACAUUUACAGUGUUCGUUCAUAUUCAAAAUGCGGGUCGUGUAAGUCAUGUGUAUUAUGUUUCGAGACAAAUCGAUUACAGGUUUUUUUAAGUUCACAUUUCGCGAUGGCAUUAGUUUUUAUCUCCAUAAAAAGUUAUUUAUGUAUAGCACGAAACUUUACGCGAACUACGUGAACUGUGAACUUUCAAAGGUUUAUCAUGUUUAUCGAAACUCGCUGAUGCUGACAUCAAUAAUUCUAAGCGGUACUGUAAAAUUUGUAUCUAUUCGGCCAUCCUAGGGAAACUUGAGUGUUUUCGAAAUUACAAGGGCUUGAGUAUUAUUUUCCCGAAAUUUUAGGUGAAAUUUGUAUAGGUAAUAGCAUGAUUUGUAGUGAUAUUUUGCAUAAAUAGUACAAGUGAUAUUUCGGAAAAUUUGGGACAAUUUCGAAAUAUCACGAGUGGUAUUUAUGCCAAAUAUUACGUACAAAUCAUGCUAUUAUUUGUUUAUACUACUACCCGCAAAGGUUUCGUAAUUUUCGCAUUUAGGUCCCGCCCCAUUUCAAAUUAAGCUGAAAUACCACUGCACUGCUCUGCAGAAAUUUCUCAUGACUUAUUACGACAGUGAGACAUUUCCUAAUUCCUCUCUACAUCACAUUUUGAAUCCGAAAAUUUGGGGUUUCCUUUUUCUACGAAAAAUAGCCUUAGUUGGGAAGUAAAAUGCGAAAAUUAAACUUCAGAAAAUCGUAGGGAAUUUAUAAGUGAAGCUUCGAAAAUUGUACAUGAAACGGUCAUCUAGAAAUUUUUAGUCUUCCUCAAGGAAUAAAAAAUUAUAGGCAAUAUUUGCUUCUCCGAACAGACAUUUUAUUGAAAACAGUCGUUGAGUACCCCUGAAUGGGCAAACACACGGAAUUGAUCGGCUCUCUUCUCUCGCUGAUAUUUUCUCCUAUUUAACCCUGUUUUUUGCCUUUUUCCCUCACUGCGGAGCCUGGUGCCAGGCUGGGAGAAGCAUAACAAACUAGACUCGAUUUUAACCGGCGCUCCCAUAUGAACCUCCAAGCGGGUAAGGAUAAAAUAUUGGGUAGGUUAUGGUGUAGGCCAUGAUGUAGCGUGGUCAAUUUUUCAAAACAAAAAUCAAGAAUUUAAUAACUUUUUAGUAAUAUUUAUGCUACCGUUUUAGCUUUAUGCUAUCGUCGGCAUAAGAAUGAAUGAUGGUAAGAUUGUUCUCGGUCUGAUAGUUCUUAGGGCUUUUUAAAAAGGUGAAAUAGGAUAUUAUGCUCUGUUAUUUUAAAGAUGUAAGGUAUUUGCAUUCGUGAGGCCCGAGUGGCCUUUCAAAAAUCAUAUUACCGGAAAAAUGCUCUGUUUCACUUUUACUAUGAAAAUAUUCAAUUAAAAUGUCACAAAUUUCCAUAUAUUCAAACACUGGUAUUUUUAAAACUUUAACUUUAAUAUGGUAAUUUCGUUACGACAUCUCUGUGUUUAAUCUUUGCCAGAAAUUACUGCACAAUAGUCCCAGAACCGUAUCUGAAGACGCUUUAACUUUGCCUAUGGCCUCUGAAUCAACCUUACGUGCUAUAGUGCACGUGCAAUUUACCUGGAAGGGAAGGGGGGGGGGGGUACUUGGGUAAAUUUUUCCUGGGUAUGUGCCGCUGUCCUCUCAGAGCCCCUACCCCAUUAUAGUCUAUUCUGUGGCCAAUUAUAGACCCCAUCUUAGUCACUUUUGGGUAAAUAUGUAAUUUUCGAGAUCCCAACUUAGUCACUUUCUAUUUUUAUGAACUGACUCAUUUUUUAAAACUGAAAACAGUACAAACAUUCUGGUACGUUUGCUACCCGUAAAUAUGAAGAACAGCCUUACCUCAAAGGAACAGAAUCUAAUGGGAUAAAAUUUUUUCCGCGAUUUGCGAUAUUUAAUCCUGAAUUAGCGAUAAUCGGCUUUCCAGGAACCUGGGCCUGGUUACUAGUACAGAUUAUAAUGCUCAACAAAUAAAAAGCGACAGGAGACCCAUUUGUUACUGAGUUUAACUUGCUUUCAAAUCUUUAGGUACCAUGAUAGUUUAUGCAGUAGCAGGUGUUAUUGCAUUUGUGGCCAUAUUAUGCAUCAUAUUGCCUGAGAAGAAAAAGAGGUUUCCAAAGGAGUAUCUCCAUGAUAAUGGACGCCCCUUAGGUUUUUUGGAAGACACUUUGCGACGCUUUCAUGAUGAGAAUGGUUUUUUGAUUCUUGCUAAUGCUCUGGUUUUGCGAACCAAGAAACCACUGCAAGAACCUGUAGUGAAGAAAGCCUUGGAGCUUCUGGCAGAGAGACAUCCUAUGCUGCGCAUGUGCAUUAGAAAGAACAACGAUAGUGAUUAUUGUUUUCAGAAAAGACACAAUGUUCUCGUGGAUCUGCGUCAACUUGACACCUCAAACUGGCGCAACGUUAUGGAGGAGAAUUUCUUGGAGAAAUUUGAUGUGGAAAAUGGUCCUCUUUGGAGGUUAACAUUCCUUCCCAAUGCAAGAUAUGAGACAGAAACAGGAAGUGACGUUAACGAUCCAUCUUUUCCUCAUGAGUGCAUUUGCAUUUUUUGCUUUCACCACAGCAUAAUAGAUGGCACAUCUUAUACAAGACUUUUUGCGGAAUUUGUUCACCAUCUGAAUAAACUGAACAAGAAAGAGGAGCCUAAAGUAACAACAAUGCCCAUGUUGCCACCUUGUGAUGUAUAUGUGGAUGAAGUAAUUCAGACAAAAUGGUACCAUAUCGCAAUGAAAUUAGCUGUGAAACUAUUGUGCUUCAUACCGGGCCUCACAAAAUUUAUUACAAUUGCAAUGGAAGAAAAAGAAAAUGCUUUUAGUAGAAAAUAUGGCAUGGAGAUCCAAAGAAAUCCUCAGAUUCAACCAAGAACCAAGAUUAUUCCCAUCGAGUUUACAAAGGAAGAAACGACAACUUUUCUGAAGCGUUGCAAAGAGUGGCAGACCACGGUGCAGGGAGCCGUUCAAACGGCAGCAAGUGUAGCAAUGGUAGAUAUGAUGGAGGAACGCGAGUUUGAAGUGGAGGCUACAGUUACAGUUAAUAGCAGACCAUUCUUCAAAACCAAAGUUCCGAAUGAGUACAUUGGACCAUACUUUUGUCGUCUCUCUUGUAGAAACAAAAUUCUUUCUUCCCCAAAUCCUGAACAGUUCUGGAAAAUAGCUAAGGUCACUUCCGAAGAUAUCCAUGCUAGGCUCAAGUUAAACAAACACCUGGAAGGUAUGAAAAUGUCUUUUAUCAUGCGACCAGUAUUUACUCAGAUGUCAAGAGAGGGCGAAAGUGAUCGAGGUGGUCGGGAUCGCACAUCUCUGUUGGUCUUCUCAAACCUUGGCUACUGCAAAUUUCUUGAUGGAACUCCAGAUGAUGACGUCAUCCUUAGAGCAAUGUACGGCUGCUCUGCAGAACACCAACAAGGACCCGCCAUCUUUGGCAACAACAUGGCCACAUUCAACGGAAAACUUUUUUGGACGGUUGUGUAUUAUAGCAACCUUGUAAGUGAUGCCACCGCCCAGAAAUAUGCUGUUUUAGUCAAAGAAACUAUCCUUAAGGCAAUCAAGAACCGCUAAAUGUGGCCCAAGGCUCGGCGACUUAGCUGCAAAAGGUUGCAAAAAUACUUGAGACACUUUACCUUGCUCGGCUUUUGUGGUCUUUCUAUGAUCUUGUCUUUGUGACCCUCAUCCUUCCCUUGUGAAAAUUGCUAGCAAAUACAAGAGCGAACUGUAGUGUUUUCGUGUUUAAUUAACAAAAACUUGAUCACGUGACUAACCAUUGCAAAAGGCCUAUUAAGAAUGAACAUGACGAGCUUUUUGCCGCUCAAAACCUGUUAUUAUGCAAAUUAGCUGAGGGUACAUUAAUGUUCCCUCAGUUAAUUUGCAUUAAAACCCAUUUAAUACGAUAACAAGCUUUUUGGGUUGAAUAAUAUUUGAAUUCGAUUGAAAUCGUGGUCUUUUCGGCGCCCAGUCUAGAGGCCCGAACUUGAUAUUCGUCGUAUCGCCAAAAUAUUUAUUCAGUGAAACUAAAAUUUAUAUUUUCAUUACUAGAAUACCUAGGGUAGUCUACAGAAUGUUUGGGGGAUGUUUCAAAAAUAUUACAUUUUCCACCUCUUGUUGAUAUUUACAGACAUCCGCUCAGUAAAGUAGUAUAGAACUUUUACCUCAAUUUGAAAAAUUUAACCACUUGCAAGUUUAACGGUUUUAUAAGUCAUAGGUGUAAAUGUUAAAUGUAGCAGGAAGUUAACUGUAGUUGUCAAGUAUCCACUACCCAGGAUACUACAGCAUUCAGGGCCGUAGUUAGGUUUUUUGUAACGGGGGGCGGGGGGCAUUAUUGCGAGUGCCCAAGGCUGGUGAAAGCCUUGUACGGGGGACUGGUGGUAUCCUCCCCCAGAAAAUGUUUAAAUUUGGAGGCGCCGCGACGCUAUUUUCAGCACUUUUCACGAAAUAUGUCUUCGAAACAUCGACCUCGAAUAAGUGUAAAAAGGCAGGUGUUUUCAGUGCUUACAAGUGAUUAUAUCCGAGGUCCUGUUAAUUAAUUUAAAACACACCGUACAUCCAAGCACUUGUACACUCACUAAACAUUUCAAAAUACUGCAUGAUGUUUGGCUAACUAACCUAUAAAAGAUGUGUCAAGUUUGAUUUUCUUUCAUAAAUAUCCUUUGGCUUUAGCAUGUAGUUGGUUCCACGAUGAAAUGCGACGCCGCUGAGACCUUCUUUUGUCAUUGAAGAACCUGCCCAUAGCUUCAGACGACGGAGAGUAGAGAAGAAGGAUCUUUCACAAGAAACACUACCAACUGGAGUGGUGAGGAAAAUCGUAAUAGGGGGUUUUGCUUUCGUUUGCUUAAUUACUACUUGCACAGACCGUGGAUCAACCAAUUUCUCGGCCAUGAAAAUGGCAAACAAUUGCAAGUCACUACAAUAAAAAAAAAACAAAUCCAUCCACAAACUUGAUUUGUCUGGCUCAACAGGUCCAGUGGGGACAGCCGCUUAUUUCUUUUUUGAGAAAUAUGGCUCGUUCUGACUAUCCCUUGAUUUGGAAUUCGAUGUUUGUUUAUGGAGUGGAAUUUUCGUCUGUUAUAAGAGGUCAUCAUGUUUACGAAGCGUCAUGGUCCGCAGAGAGUCUCUGGCAUGCAGGAAAGAUGACCGUGAAGAAUUAGAUAAAGAAUACAAUGAAUACGCAAUUGGGACUUACCUUGAAGCCCGGCCUUAAAGCUGAUAACAAAUAUGUUGAGCAUGUGCCAAUGGGACUUUCAUUCUUUAUAUUUCCUACAUUCAUCUUCUUAAAGCUCGCCAAAGUGCCAGUCAAGGUGACUGGAUCAAGGAGACUGGAAAACGGACUUGUUGUCUCUGGAUCCUUCCUCACCAGAACGACCAGCCGAGUCAUGAUCCGCGCCACAAAAUUUGAAGAAAAGAUCGUUCGUUUGAAGAGUUUAUGCGUUCACAUGGACAUAAAAAAGCGCAAAAGGGAAAAGGGAGAGGAAGUCCCUUUCCUUCUCUCCACAAUCUCCUCUCCCUUUUCCUUCCCCACCCCCCUCCUUUUCGACGCGAUGCCUUUCACGGAGGUUGGAAGAGGUUUGCAUGAAAGAGAGCAGCACCUGUUAACGCCUUGUCAAUUUCUAAAAGUCUUCUUUUCAUCAAAAUAAAACUGAAAAGUUGUAUAUACUAAAAUGGUUUGGACGACGGUACACAGUUAAGGUAAUAGACGAGGGAAGCCGUCUAUGAAACCAACGGGGAUAUAUAUAGAAAGAUCCUGGAAUAAAUCGCGCACACUGCGAUUCUCGAAGGCGGUCGAUUUAACAAACCUCGCAUAAACACCCGCUAUCACAAAAUACCAACUAAAUAUACAUAAACUGCUGGUAAAUGUUGACAGUAAUGCCAAAAGGGUAAAGGUUCAGGUAAAACAACCAUAUUGUACGUCGAUAACCCGUGACACUCAUUCGUGAUCAAUUGAUUAAUUUGAGGCCGACCUUGCACUCAUUUUACACCCCUUCUUAGCUCUCCAUCUGUGCUCCGUUUUAAGGGUGUAUUAAAGUUAGUUAAAGCUACCACAACAGUUAUAACAAAAACCAUUGGCAAGUAAAAAUUACGGAACGGAACCAAGACAUUUUUUGAAUUUCAGUGAUGAAAACCCUUUGAUUUGCCACUCCUGAUGCUGGAAACUGUGUCAUCAUCGCUACAUUAGGCAAAUUAUGAUUUCAAGAUUCCUGAGCUGUGGGAUAGAAUAUGUGCAUUUUCGGAUAUUUUGUAGGUAAUUACAGGAAAGGGAAACUGAAAGUUAUCUAACAAUCAGUUGAUGCUUUGGUCAGUUUUACCGCUGUACUAUUAGAUAAAUGUACGUGUCUUUUUCUAGAUAUCCUUUAGAAAGCUUCCGCUACCUUUGAGCUUUUCACAAUUCGCAGUUUAUCGGAGGAUAAGCAAAUAUUGUAUCGAAAUGAUAAAACGUAUUAAAAGUCUUUUAUGAUAUAUAAAAAGGGUUUUAGCGGAGCUCCACGCGCGCGAAGCGCGCGCGUGGGCGGAGCCCCAUAGCUAAGAAAAUCUACCCUUCCCAGAAAAUUUGGUAAUCACGUGACCGACCGACCGACCGACCGACCGUCCGUCCGCACCACAGGACAACCAAUGUUUACUCUCACACUUUCUAGCUACUUUGGGAGCCCAGGAGAAAGCUGAUUGCACAUCAAUGUUGUCAUCAACUGACAGCUGUCAAAACAGGGUAUCCGCUGACCAUUAUCACCUGACCGAAUCGCGGGCUCAGGUGUCGACCCAUCGAGGUCGAGUAUUUUUUGAAGUUAUCCGCUGACAAUUUUCUCGUUUUCAAUUGAUCGCAGGCUCACGUUUACUUUUGUUUUAAAUUCAUAUCAAAUAUGUUGUGUUUAUGUCAGUAUCGCCCCGCACUAUUACGAUUUUGAUUUCAAACUGACUUCAGACGCAAAAGUUCAGCCAGUGUUUUUAAAAUACAGGGGCCGGUUGCUCGAAGCCUGGUUAGCGCUAACCGUUGGUUAAGAGGUAUCAAAAUGUAUAGGUUUCCAUGGUAUUUAACGCUGGUUAGCACUAACCAUGCUUCGAGCAACCCUGGCCAGGCGGAGAAGACCUUUUCUUACCAUGGGCACGUGUUGGUCACGCUCCACGUCCAAUUUUUAUGCUCUGAUUGGUUAAAAUUUGACAGGUGAGUUCAUGCGUAAAAUUUAUGCAGCAUCUUGAAAGUUGUUUACUUUGACAGCUGAAGCUGACAGAGUUUUGAGUCAACUUGUGAUGUUUUUAACUGUCUUUUUUCACUGGAUGUACAAAAUGAAAUACAGCUGUUAUCAAGAGUGUUGUCUCAUUCAUGGCUGGUUCGUUUUUUGGGUUUUUGGUUGAAAAAUGGGUCGCUUGUCAAAGCCGAUAAUCCGAUUUCGGAUGGCAUCGUUUUUGUUUUUCACCUAGCUGGAUGCGUACGAGAAUUACAAAGGCUCAAGCGAUCCUUGCCUUACUUGAUAGCUUUCAGGAGCUGCAUCUCGAAAUAUGGUAAGCCUGAGUAAUUAUUGUAUUUAAAUCUAAUUUCAUGAAGUCCAGCUGCGCAGUUUAUGAAUGCAAUAUAUAUUGAAUGAAUGCAAUUUGUCUUGAAAAAUUGUGAAAUACUGCAUUUUGUACGAGGUCUGUAUGAUAAAAACAGCGCCUCAUAGUACUCUUUCUCCUCAGACGUGGUGUAUAAAAAAAAGAUUGGUUUGCACGCACCCAGAUUUAUUGGCAAGAAUUUGUAAACUUGUCGAACGCAAAAAAAUCGCUCUGAUUUGUUUUCCAAGAAUUUGUUUUGCACGCCUUAUCUACUGUGAUCAAGAGCCAUCAUUGCUCUUAAAUGUGACCGAAGACUAUUUUUUGGGUGUACAUAUAAGGCUAUAUCAACUCGAUACAAAAUUUGUUUCACUCCAAAAUCACUUAGCUUUUCCCUCAAAAGUCACAUGAAUGUGCCCUUGCGUUAACUGAUUUGUGGAAUACAAAAUUAUUGUUUGAUUUAAGUUAUAAAUUUAUCAAUGGGAGCUUCGCUUUUAGCUGUGGCUAAAUAUAUAUAUUAUAUUAUACAUUGAGACGGAAAUCUACUUAUAGAGCGUUUACACAUGACGUCACGGUGGCUAUAUUGGUAUUCCAAAACAAUAAAACGGCGGCCAUGUUGGUAUUCCAAACCAGUCCUGUGGGAGUUGAACUCUUCUCUUAUGUAAACACUUUCUUUUGUUUCCAUAAAUUUGCAUAGAUGCUGGUCACGUGAGUGAAAACGCCCUAUACAGCGAAAAAAAUACUUUGUUAAAACAGAACCGAAGCCUUUGCAAAGAUGAAUUGCACACGCGAAUAUGACAACACUCAUGUCAAUGUGAAAGGUUUGAACCCAACAGUCAUUUCAAAAGUAGGUUGAGUUUGAUAGUCCGGGUGAACGUAGUCCUGAAUAGGACUGUUGUUGUUGACAGUGACUGACAUUUCGACAACCUGUGCGUUGGUCAUCUUCAGAGUCAAAGUGACUUGUAUCACGUCAGUUGAUGGUGUUAUACUCUGGUUAUUGAUCUUGUUGGUCAAUUACGUCACUUAUGUCCAUGUACUUCACAGGUUAAGUAAACAUUUCCUUACUUUCGAUGUCGCUUGACUUACCAAAAGUGAUGUGAUGCGCCGAAAUAUCACACUAGCAUCAUUUGCUUUUGUAUGGUUCUUUCUUUCUGGAACUUGGCGAAACUCACGUACCGCUAGGGCCUUUGAUUGGACGGAUCAAUUUUCUCGCAUGUGGAAAACAUCGUUCGCGAUUUUGAUUGGCGGCAUCCUUUUUUGUUCGUGUGAAAAACAUCUUCCGCUCCUCUGACUGGCUAGAACUUAUUUGGAUAUGAAACUUUACGACAUAGCUCGUCUAUGUGUAUAUUUCUAGUAACUCUAAUAGACUUAAAACUCGUAGCCGUUGCAAGUUUUUCCUUUCCCAAUACAUAUAAUAAACAGUUUUUCCACCUUGAAAAAUGGUUACACGCGUGAGACCUUUUUAAAGAAUUUAUUUGAAAUGAUAAUUAACCUUACAAGUCCCAAAUGGCUUGCUCAGAGGUGUAUUGACUGUUUUCGAAUUCCCCACUCUGUCUGCCCCCCAAAUUUUGCAUAACUUAUUGUCUUAAAAUGCUCUUGGGAAAAUGCAAUACUCCCAGGAGCAUUUAAAACAAUGGUUUAUGCAAAAUUUGGGGGGCAAACAGAGUGUAUUAUGGGGAAUUCGAAAAUAGUCAAUGAUCCUGUUUACAUGGAGUGGGGGACCCCGGUCUAGUGGGGUAAGUUUCUUUUGUUUUGUGUCCCCCAGAGCGUGAAAACAAAAGAAACCAACCCCACUAGACCGGGGUCCCCCACUCCAUGUAAACAGGUCCUUAGUCGCAAACAACCUUCGUUCUUGCUACAUAAGCACGUGCAGUAAUAAAUUUCCAUCAUAAACUAUUAUUCAAAUCAAAACGUUGCUUCGCGCCACAUUCAAAAAUGGUAACUUCGGUGUUGCAAGCUGGAGAAGGUUGCUCACGUAGGAGAAAGAAGAGGCUGUCACAUAAACGGGCUAUUUGUCUUUCUCAGCUUCGCUACAAGAAAACUAACUAUGAAAGCAGUCUGGGAUGUUAAAACCAGCGCCUGAGGUAAAUUUAUAUUGAAAUUAUUUGUUUAAAAGUUUACGGCAGUUCCCUUGAAUUUGUUGGUUGUAUUCUGACCAGUCCAACUUAAGCUUAAAUUAGGAUACUUCGUUUUCGAAUGUUCUGGCUUUAAAAUAAUUUGGUAUCAGAGGUAAAAUACUGAGUAGAAGCGAAGCCAAAUGCUCACUGAAAAAUUUAUAGUUCGUUCGUAGUUUUAGCUCGUCAUGCUGGUCGUGCACGUGGCCAAAAGGAAAUUUAUUUCUGAAAGAAAUAAAUGGUUUUAUGCUUAAUGUGACUGAUUAAUGUGUCAUUUCUCCAGUUACUGGGGAGGGGGCGUUCCUGUCAUCCAUGUCAUGACAUGAAAGCGAGGCACAAGACCUCUCUGCUCACUGCAACAAGAAAGUAGGAAAACAUUUUUCCCUCCCUUCCCUCCCGUUUUGCUCCACUUCCAUCUCCCGGAUGGCGGGUGUGCCCUCACCUUUGCUGGGAUAAAUCUUCUUGUGUAUCUGGACUUUCCUUAAUAUAUAUGCUAUAUAUAUAUAUAUGCUUAAAUGAAUGCUGGUCGUGCACGUGGCCAAAAUAAAGGCAAAGCUCGGUGGAACCUGUGGUGGAGACAUCAAUGUUCAGAUCAAGUCCACACAGCAAAUCCUAUCUUGUUCUUCAUCCAAAUUCAUUUUGAUGACACAGCGAGGAAUUCACAAGAACGACAAAUUUGAUUCAUUUUUCUUUCCCUGCUUUACAAUCGUCCCCCGACAACGAGNAAUAUAUAUGCUAUAUAUAUAUAUAUGCUUAAAUGAAUGCUGGUCGUGCACGUGGCCAAAAUAAAGGCAAAGCUCGGUGGAACCUGUGGUGGAGACAUCAAUGUUCAGAUCAAGUCCACACAGCAAAUCCUAUCUUGUUCUUCAUCCAAAUUCAUUUUGAUGACACAGCGAGGAAUUCACAAGAACGACAAAUUUGAUUCAUUUUUCUUUCCCUGCUUUACAAUCGUCCCCCGACAACGAGAUUUUGACAAAGUUAAUAACCUCGCCGGCAAAAUGACAAAUUAAAAACCACCGUACUGGACCUUUCUGAACAAGAUAGACCUAAGCUAUUACGGAAAACCUCAAAGUUUGUGGAAGAUUCUUCCGUGGUUUUCCAUUAACUAAAGCAAAAAGUGUAUCCUCAAAGGUGAAAAAGCACCAUCAACUUAAACUUAAUUCACUGAAGAUGGGAAAAUGUGACUUGAUACUUUUGUUGCCACAGUUUUUUAAAAACAUCUUUUUAGAAAUAAUUACGGUGGCCCAUAUAUGCAAUGCCAGAUAUUUUUUUCCAGUGCACACUGAGAAAUACAUUUGUGCACUGAGAAAUGUAUGUUGUGCACUGGAGAAAAAUAUUUGUGCAUUGCAUAUAUGGGCCACGGUAAAUAAUAUAAUAAUCAUAAUAAUAACGAUUAUUUAUUUUAGAAACUAGACAGUACCCGGUUUUCGCUUCCACUGGUGCAAAUUCGACAACAACAACAACAACAACAACAACAACAACAAUCUUUAUUUGUACUCACUCUUGCUCAAACAUAAAUUACGACAAUGAAAAUAUUAAAAGUAAAAAUUAGGGUACCGAGAAUCUUAUUUCUGACGAAACAAGAUACAUGCAACCUUUCGUUCAAAAUGAUUAUCAACCGUUAGGAUUGAUAAUUAGAAGACUAUUAGACAACUUACGAUUUGACCAUUAGAGUGCUGUUUAUUAAAUCCCUAAGUAACAUAAUUACGAUACAGUUGUAAAAAAGUAAUCAGUUUUCGCAUUUUUAAGAUUGUUUUUAUUAUAUUUGUCCAGAAUUUGGCUAAAUUAAUUACCCUGAUCAACCAUUCGCAAUCAAAUUUUGAUUUACGAACCUCGUGAUGUAAAUGCAUCACGCGCGAACUCAUUAAAAUUCUCUUAUUUAAAUUUGAUCACGUUUUUGGUUUACAUGAUAGGUGGGGUGACUCGCCUAGGGUUACCUACCUGGGGUCCCCCACCUUCACGUAAACAGGCCCUAAAUUUGAUUAACUUCAACUUUCUCUUCGAAAUAGCUAAAGUUUACGCGCAAUAUAUUUAGCAAAUUACAGUGUUCACUCGCAAGCAAAUAAUCGAUGAAUACUUUCUAGCCAGCGUUUGUUUAGAAAUGCAGCUGCUAGCGGAACCAUAUAUCGAAGCAGAGUGGAAUUUGAGCACCCUGUCUUGAAAAACAGAACCCAAGAAGGGGGCUUUUUAAUUAUGUACAUGUUACUUCUUGUAUUGCAUCUUAUUAGUAGUUUAGAGUCAAUAAGAGUCUGUGGAUGACUGUUAGGACGGCUGCUGAUAAACACUUAAAAGUCACUGAGACCUUACCUUUUUUCUCAGUUUAUUUGGCUAGUAAUACUGUUAAUUAAGCUGUUCAGGAGGGCUCUAACUUCCGAGAUUAGGUAAGUCAGGGCCUGUUUACAUGGAGGUGGGAGACCCUCAGGUAGGUGAGGUAACAUAUGGCGGGUCACCCCACCCAACAUGUGAACGUGAUCAAAUUAAAAUGAGAGACUAUAUGGACAGGCGGGUUACCCCACCUAAGCGGGUUACCUCACCUACCUGGGGUCUUUCAUCUCCAUGUAAACAGGCCCUAAGUGUGACCAUUCAAAUGAAAAUCACUUAGCAGGGAAAUGGGUCAUUCAUUUCGAGCAGUGCAAGGCUCAGAAGGUGCCUCGCCCAGCGUACUCUCUGAGUAGCCUAUAUGAAUAGGCUCCAGGAGUAAGCAAGUGAGGGAAAUGUCCUGUCCUCGCCUUGUGCCCUGUAGCCUUCUCUUAGUGAUAUACUCUACAUUUGAAAUUGUAUUUGACCACAGCAUUUGCAUUCACUAUUAAUUAAAGUAGCAUUGCCUGGCAACCCUAAAAUGCACCCUGACGUCACAACUUGACAUCGUCAACUGCGGACACUCAAGAGAUCAAUAGAAAUAUUCGCAACGCGAGUUUCUGGCUUGCUGUGUGAUCAAAAGUAUGCAUUGAUUAUGUGCUUGCGAGUGAAGACUAUAAUUCGCUUACUAAAUUUGUCGCGUGUUGAUCGCCGCCUCUUUGCCAAUCAGGUUUUUCAUACAACUGGAUUUAUCAAAUUAAAAACGCUACCGUAGAAAUAAACCAAAGGAACUUUCUUCCUAUCAAUAUAACCCGAGUCUUGGAAGCUAUCGCAAAUGUCAUUCACUCGCCUCAUGUGAUCACAUGA